GACGAAGUAGAGUUGAUGCGUCGUUGUCAUGGAGAUUCAAAGCUACGUUAAGUGAGUUUGUAAGCACAGCAUCAUGUCUGAGACAACACGUGAAAUGUGUUACAUUUUCCCAAAUGGAGACAAAUAUGAAGGAGAGUGCUGUCGUACGUCAAAUGGCGUGGUGAUGAGAAAAGGGUUUGGCACGCAAACUUCAGUUUCUGGAGUGACAUACACAGGGGAAUGGGACAAUGAUACGAUGAAUGGCAGUGGGACUCUUAAGCAUCCAUCAGGAACAAUUUACACUGGCCUGUUUAGAGAUAACAUGUAUCAUGGAAAGGGAAUUUACAAAUUUCCAGAUGGGACAGAAUACAACGGAACCUUUAACAAUAAUAGAUUAGAGGGUGAUGGAGAGUUCACAGAUUUACAAGGACUUGUAUGGACUGGAACAUUCCACAACAAAGCAGCACUGGGACUGAAACUUAAAGUCAACAUGUAAUAUGCACUGAUAUACACAAACACACAGUAUUUCAAUAGAGUAAAUUGCUGCAUUCUGAAAUGGAUUGCAUAUCAUCAUUGACCAUACUAUAUUCAUUUUUCAAGUGUUUAUCAUUUUUGCUAAAGGACAAACUGCAAACUAACAACAGAUUAACACUCUAUUCUAAAUAAUACGCAUUAAAUCUUUUUACAAACAAAAUCAUUUAAGCACCUACUCAAUGGGGUGACUGUUUGCAUCAAUUUAAGAAUUACAGGCAAUAAAACCAUGGAUAGUGAUCUUGUCGGGAACACACAUUAACACAGCCAGCAGCCCCGCAGCAUAGACAUGAUCUACAGGGAGGAGAUAAGUCUCAGCUGCACACGCUAAACAACAAGAACACAUGUUCAUGCACACAACACCUCAGAAAGAAUCAGGACUUUGUUUCGUGGCUGUAGUGGAGAGGAAUGUGAUCUUCUGUGAACUGCACAUUUCCCCUUCAUUCAUUUCUGGAGUGUAUCUCCAAAAUACACAAGCAUAUGCAAGCAGCUUAGCUCAUGACCGCGAAGUCAGGGGUUGGGUGGGACCGUGAAGAUCAAUUUCCUGUUCUCUGAGGUGCGAACGUGUUUUAUGUGGAUUAGCACUGCUCAUGAAGAUCUACCGCCUAAAAGUUUGGUUAUACUUUAAAACAACUUCAGGAGAAGGGUUGAGCAAAAGUUCUGCGGUUAUGCUUGUGCUUUAUUAAAACUUUGUCAAUUUAAUGAAACCUCUUGUUGGUGUUUUAUUUGUUUCAUAAU